GGUGAACAAGAGUAGUUCUGAUCUUAGAUAUGUUUCACUUAGGGAGUUGUAACCACAUGUUUGACUUGUGGAAAAGUUUUAAUUAAAAAGAAUGAAAAAAAGAAAGAUGAAAAGUCAUGAAAAUAGAAUACCAAAAAAAAAACAAGAAAAAGAGAAAAAAGCGAAGUCCCCAUUGAAAAAAGAUAGAAUUGGAAAAAUCCUUUGAGGCAUAGGAAAAAAAAGACUGAACGUGGAAAAAAAUAUAUGGGGUUGUAAUAUUAAAGAAUUCUGAAAAUCAUUUUGUUCUGGAGUAUUUGUACAUUAGAUUCAACUCUAGCGAGAAGACUAUGUUUCUGUAAGUCGCAGAGCCUAGUCACUGCCAUGCAAAUUCUAGUUGCUGAGUCUGAUUGCUGCUGGCAGCUGGUGAACGUGGUAUUCAGGUCUCACUGGCUGAUUAAGCCUGUUUUGGUUGACUAUGCAUGCACUCCAGAGGAAGUUCAGCAGCAUUUCCAGGCAUGUGGUACUGUCAAUCGGGUUACCAUUCUUACUGAUAAAUUUGGCCAACCCAAAGGUUUUGCAUAUGUGGAAUUCAUUGAACAAGAAGCUGUCCAGGAGGCACUCCAGCUGAAUGAGUCUGAACUGCAUGGACGUCAAUUGAAGGUAAUGCCCAAGAGGACUAAUGUUCCAGGAAUGAAGCAGUUCCGCCCAGGGCGCUUCAAUCCAUACUUGGGAGGUUACAGGUCUAGAAGGCCUUAUGCAGCUCCCUAUUUCUACUCUCCAUACGGAUACGGAAAAGUUCCAAGGUUCAGGAGGCCUGGGAGAUUCAUGCCUUACUAUUAAAAGAUGCCAAAAUCUGAUGAAUGCAGACUAGAAUCACAAUCAAAUACUGAUGCUGUCAUCUGGAGACCACCCAUUUCAUAUUUUUCAUAAUGUAUCAUUUAGGUACUGGUUGAGACUUUGUAGUAGCUUAUCUAGCAUAAGUCAAUGCUUCCUAUUUGCAUUUGAACUUGGUCAAAAAUCUCUUGUUCAACAUUAGUAUAAUCCUGUUGGAUGUUGAAUGGUUAUUUAGUUUACCAUAUUAUCAAAAAAAGAUAUUCACAGCA